AUGUUACGGUCCAGUCUUCCAGUGAGGAUCCGGCUGUUGUCGACGACGGCAACAAGGCUGUUUUUCGGCUUCUCCCGUAAAGUCGAUCCCAAAAUCAUCGAGAAGCAAGACGAUUUCAAGACAGAUCCAAAGUCCAAAAUCACCAUCUUAGAUGAGAAGAACUCCCCCAACUUCCAGCCUUUCAACGCCGAGCGUGAUAUGCCUGGCUUCAAGGUUGCUCAGUGGAAGCAAAAUGUUGUCAGAAAGCAGGACAUUGAGGCUUCCUACACUCCAGAGCUGGUUGUUCAGAUCAUGAGGGAUACAUACCAAGAGCUUCAAGGCCUGAGCCCAGAUGAUCUCUCCACUGCGCUUUUGCACGACCUCCAAUUCAGAUUCCGUUACUUCAAGGCAUUGCAACUGAGGUUGGGUUUUGACAUUUCCGACUACAUCAUCAGCAGAUCACACAGUUUAGAAGAUUUGCAAGUGGAGCUCAAUAAGGUGGUGGCCCACAGAUGGUCUAGCGAGAGGAACCCUAACGCCAUUGUGUUGAGGCCUGAGGACUUUAAGGGUGUGCCCAACGUUUAUUUGAACGAGGAGCUUCUGGAAGCUGAGCAAAAGAAGCUUUAUGAAGAAAAGUUGGAGGAGGUGAGGAAGCAGGAAGGUAUCUUGUAA